CCAAGCCGGAGUCCCAUGUGUGAUUUGCUUGCGGGGUGAGUAGCCUAAGGUUAUGAUAGUGCCUCGAAGGCAGAUGACACAGUUAUACCUUCCAAACCUUGCAGGGAGGAAAUUAUUCUGGACUCGACAGAGCCAAUGAUGAACGGCGGACUACAACUGACUACCGUGGCUCACCAUACAUUAUUCGCACAUCGCGAAGCCCAACUUGAACUUGAAGAGCACGUACUGAAUCGUCUCGAGAUUGCAACAUCAAAAUUGCAACACGAUUCGUAUGUGGGGUGUGGGAAAUAUUGACAGGACCGGGCAUGUGCAUGAACACCGAAUCGCACUGACCUGGCGCCUGUCGUGAUCGUUGCCUUGAGGAAUCCUCUCGUCUAGUUUCCACUGGAAAUACUCGUACCCAAAUUCCAGCAGCGAUGUCUGACAAUGACCACCCCCGUACGAGGUUGAACAACGAAUUUCAGAAGAGGUACGGUCCCUCUGCACCUGAACAUGUCAAGUGGGAGGUCUAUUCACAAGGCCCUCCCAAUGCUACAAUGUGGUAUGCGACUAUCUACAUUGACGAUGUAAAUUACGGCCACGCUUCUGCCCCCACCAGAAGUGCUGCUCAGGACGCGGCUGCACAACAGGCUUAUGAAACAUUGAAAGGAUAAAGAUCUACCCGGCGAGGGGACUUACGGACUACCUCAAUCAAGCUUAAAGCGUGUCGACUUCAGUACAUACAUGCCUUCAUUUUCGACAUCUCCAAUGUACUUGGUUCUAUUACUCAUACAUACAUUUUUGCAGCCAUUAUGCAGUUGUAACACGGCGCUGCAAUCCGUGCGAGUAAUGCACUUGUCGAUCGAUAGACCGUUUA